AACUCAUCAAUCAGCCUUCUGUCGAUCAAGUCAGAUGUUGCCUUCAUGGACAAUCUGUAAUCAUAACACGUUCGUCACCUCACUGGUCUACUUGUGACAUUACAGCUUUCCUCAUGAACGAUGUCUGUCUCCUAACAAGCCAGGCCUUGCCUAUAGGGACCGCUAGUCUGAAAUCACAAUCUUACUUCCAACUAAUGAAGUUUGUCCUUGUCGUAAUACUUGUUGGAUGCGUAUUACCGAGGGGCUGCACGCUGCUUGCGACUAACACACACAGCAGGCAGCGUGAUGAUUCCACGCCCUGGUUGGAAGGGAAAGCACAGCGUAUCGGUGACCUUUGAUCACCGCAGUAAAAGGAAAGGCUUGAGGAGUGUAGCGCGUCAUCUGUCUUUGUGUGUGAACAAGCUACUCGGACACUUUCGGGAUGUUUUGGGCUUUUGUCGUCUUCUGUGCGCUGCAGAGUGCAGCCCAGGCCUCCACUCGCAAAACAGAUGUGCGUGCGUCCGCCUCCGGCUCGGUGACGCUUCAGCCGUGGUUGACGGGGCUGACGGCCGUGGUGGUCUUCCUCUUCGUCGUCUUUGUCUUCGUCAUCCUCAGCAGACUCCUGAAGAAGGACAGGGAAGACGAGGUGGAGGAGGAAGACAUGUUUGGGUACGAGAACAAGGUGGUGGAAAUGCGCGAAGACGAAGUGAAACAAACCAGCUUGUAGGACAAAGGAUGGAUUUCCCAGCUUUGGUUUCGUCUCCAGGAAGACUUUUUUUUUUUUUUUUGCCUUUUGCCACAAAUGUCCACGUAACAAUCACAUCUCAGUCUGUGCGCUACGUUAAACAUAUCUUGACACCUUGGGUGUCCAAAUGUGGUCAAUAAAACGCUGCCUCUUCUUGACUCUGCCGGAGCCGCGUGCCGUUAUGUGGCCUCCAGAUUGGAUGCUUUCUGGACAAAAAAAA